UUUCAGACUGCGCGAGGUUCUGGAGGCAUAUCACGCGAGCUGUCUCCCGCAUAGCUGCUGAGACAACGCCUGGACCGGUCCUACCCGCCUACCCCCUCCCCUUUCCUUUCCUGCCGUGACCCUGCUCGCCAAUUCCGCUCGCCGCCAUGGCCAUGCGCCGCCGCCUUGCUCUGCUCCCAGGUCUGGCGCUGCUCCUAGCAGCGGCCUGUCCGGCCUCUGACGCCACCUCCGAUGUGCUGGAGCUCACGGACGACAACUUCGAGCGGCGCGUGGCCGAUACGGGCAAUGCCGGCCUGAUGCUGGUGGAGUUCUUCGCACCCUGGUGUGGACAUUGUAAGAGGCUUGCCCCAGAAUAUGAAGCUGCAGCAACCAGGUUAAAAGGAAUAGUUCCUUUGGCAAAGGUUGACUGUACCGCCAACUCAAAUACCUGUAAUAAGUAUGGAGUUAGUGGCUAUCCUACCCUGAAAAUAUUUAGAAAUGGUGAAGAGUCAGGUGCUUAUGAUGGCCCCCGGACAGCUGAUGGAAUUGUAAGUCAUCUGAAGAAGCAGGCAGGACCUGCCUCACUUCCUCUUAUGAGUGCAGAAGAUUUUGAGAAGUUCAUUAGUGACAAAACUGCUUCUGUGGUUGGUUUCUUUGGUGACUUACUCAGUGACUCUCACUCAGAAUUCCUAAAAGCUGCUACAAACUUGAGAGAAAACUACCGCUUUGCACAUACUAACGUCGAUGCUCUGGUGAGGAAGUAUGAUCCUGAUGGAGAGGGCAUCACUUUGUUCCGGCCUCCACAUCUGGCUAACAAAUUUGAGGAAAACACUGUACAAUAUACAGAGGAAAAGAUAACCAGUGGCAAAAUUAAAAAAUUUAUCCAGGAAAACAUCUUUGGUAUUUGCCCUCACAUGACGGAAGACAACAAAGAUCUACUCCAGGGCAAGGAUCUGCUCGUGGCUUACUAUGAUGUGGAUUAUGAAAUGAAUGCUAAGGGAUCCAACUACUGGAGAAACAGAGUAAUGAUGGUGGCAAAGAAAUUCCUGGAAGCAGGGCAGAGACUCAACUUUGCUGUGGCUAGUCGUAAAACUUUUAGCCAUGAACUUUCUGAAUUUGGCUUGGAAAGGACCUUUGGAGAGGUGCCUGUUGUUGCUAUCAAAACUGCAAAAGGAGAAAAAUAUGUUAUGCAAGAAGAGUUUUCCCGUGAUGGGAAGGCCCUUGAGAGAUUCCUGCAGAAUUACUUUGAUGGCAACCUGAGGAGAUACUUAAAGUCUGAACCUAUCCCAGAGACUAAUGAUGGACCUGUGAAGAUAGUGGUAGCUGAGAACUUUGAUGAAAUUGUGAAUACUGAUAAAGAUGUUCUAAUAGAAUUUUAUGCCCCUUGGUGUGGUCACUGCAAAAAUCUGGAGCCCAAGUACAAAGAGUUGGGAGAAAAGCUCAGCAAAGAUCCUAAUAUUGUCAUAGCAAAGAUGGAUGCAACUGCCAAUGAUGUGCCUUCUCCAUAUGAAGUCAGAGGCUUCCCUACCAUCUACUUCUCUCCAGCCAAUAGUAAACAGAAUCCACGGAAGUAUGAAGGUGGCCGUGAAGUUAGUGACUUUAUUAACUACCUACAAAGAGAAGCUACAAAUCCUCCUGUGAUCCAAGAGGAAAAGUCCAAAAAGAAGAAGGCAGAAGAAGAUCUCUAAAGUAGCAGCCAAAAACAGACCACUUUGUAUAAGGACUCUUUUACCAGAGAUGGGGUAGUCAGUGAUUGCCCUAGGGAUGAGUGGGACAGCGUGGAUGCCGUUUGAAUCCUGUUUAAUUUUCUCUAAGCUGUUUCUUUAGGUGCAUUGUUAAUGGAAACACCAGGACCAGUUGAUAUUUGUUUGUGGUUUGGGGGUAUGGAGGGUGGGGGGAGGAUUAUUUGUGUUGGGGGAAUAUGGAGGGGAAAGGGAGUUGAGUUGGGGGUUAUUUUCUAAUUUUUUUUGUACAUUUGGAACAGUGACAAUAAAUGAACCCCCUUUAAACAAA